AUGGAGCAAUCAUUUCCUCUUCUGAGCCAGAGUGCUGAAGAUGAAGUCGAUCAUGCGUAUGUCGGCCUAGAGAAGCUGCCAAAACGAGCAUGGUCAAGCGCAAGCACCGCCCUCCAUUAUAUCCUUCCCACGAUAUCCUUCCUUCAUUCUGCACUUCCACGGUUCCUGCAAAUAGGCGGGCUGAAAUCGAGGAAAGAGAAACAUCAUUCGACGGCAUGGCUUGAUGCCUUACGGGGCUACGCUGCUUGCGUGGUGGUCAAGUUUCAUCUGUUCAAUUUUUCCCAGCGAGAGAUCUUCCAUCAACCAAUCCUACAUGCGUUUGAGGCUGGACGCGGGAGCGUUGAAGUCUUCUUCGUCAUAUCAGGCUAUGUCCUCAGUGUUCGCGUGCUCAAAAUGAUUCGAAAUCAGCAAGCAGCUCCAUUGCUGAACGGCCUCGCUUCCGCAACAUUCAGGAGAUUCCUCAGGCUCUACGUUCCGACAGCCUUCGCCACGCUUUUGGUAGCCCUUGCGCUACAAGUGGGGUUGGUCCAUAUCGAUAAGCUAUGGAAACCUACCCUAUACGAGCAGCUAGCGGAUUGGAUGUCGGACACCAUAUACGCCUCUGACCCUUUCCACGAUGUCCUUGGGUGGUGGAUAAACCAGGGUUACAGAACCAAGUACGCAUAUCAGUUGUGGACAAUACCUCUCGAGUUUCGAGGAAGCAUGGCGCUCUUUCUGUUCUUGCUGGGAAGUUGCAAGCUGACCACAAGAGGGAGGAUGGUCUUGAGCUGGAUAGUCAUUGUCUGCUGCUACCGGUGGCAGGCGCACUAUGUAGCAUGCUUCCUAGCCGGAAUGUGCAUUGCGGAUGUGUCUAUCAGCUUUCCUCCCGAACAGCCUGAAGGCUGGCUCCAACUACCACAGCAUCAGAUGGAUACAAACGCGGCUCUGCACGGACGACGAGAAAAAUGGAUAGGCCUCGCCCGGAAGGGUGGACUCAUCUUCAUGUUCAUCAUGGGCCUGUUCUUCCUCAGCGUUCCGGCAGACACCGGCACAAAUGGGCCUUGGCCCUUCCAGUACGUUAGCAUGCUGACCCCCUCGUACUACGGAGGGGACGUCAAGGAGUACUUCUGGCUGAGCAUCGGCGCAAUCCUGCUGGUCCUGUCGCUCGAGUACUCGCCUACCCUCCAGGUCCCGCUCCGGUGGAGCUUCUCGCUGUACCUGGGCGAAAUCUCCUUCGGAAUCUACGCCAUCCACAUCCUGUGCAACUGGAUCCUGUACGAACCGUACCUGAAACCGUGGCAAGCAGAUUCCCUCGGAGACUCCAUCUGGGCCGACUGGCUCGUUGCCAGUAUCAUGUACUUUGUUGUUUUUGUCGCCGCGGACUAUUUCACCCGCGUCGAUACCCAGAUAGUCACUCUCGGCAGGUGGCUGCAGAACAGACUUUUCGUGCAGUGGGAGUAA